AUGAAGACGAGGAUUACGAUGAAGAACUUCAAGAUGAAGAAUGUGAGGUGGAUGAUGAAGAGGAAGAAGAUGAAGGAGUUACUGAUGCGAAAGUUGGAGUGGGACGACACGGAAGUGAAGGUUGAUGGUCGGCAACUACACCAUUUGCGCUUUGCUGAUGACAUCGUACUGAUAACACUUAGCAUCAGCCAAGGGAAACGAAUGCUGACCGAAUUCGACGAAACAUGUGGAUGCAUCGGUCUUCAGCUGAAUCUACAAAAGACGAUGUUCAUGCGGAACGGAUGGGUCUCGGAUGUCCCAUUCACGCUCAACGGAACGAACAUGUCCGAAUGCACCAGCUACGUUUAUCUGGGUCGGGAAUUGAACAUGAUGAACGACCUGACCCCCGAGCUGGGCAAGAGGAGAAGAGCGGCUUGGGGAGCGUACAAGAGCAUCGAGGAUGUAGUUAAGAAGACCAGGAACACCCGGCUCCGUGCUCACCCCUUCAACACCACCGUACUUCCCGCUUUGACCUAUGCUUCGGAAACCUGGGCAUUUCGCAAGCAGGAAGAAAACGUCGUUGAACGCGCAAUUGAGAGUGAUGCUAGGAGUAUCCCGUUUCACGCAAGUGAGGGACGGGAUUCGAAGUUCCCUCCUACGUCAGCGAUCGAAGAUUAG